AUGAAGAUAACAAGACAAUCCUACUCCCAAGUGUUCUUCUGGGCUGUGGCGGGGGUCUCCAUCCUACUGCUCAGUGCCUGUUUUAUCACUAAAUGUGUUGUAACAUAUCGCAUCUUUCAGUCAUGUGAUAAGCAAAAGUUCCUGCCACAAGAGGAAUUGAUGGAGUUUUCCUGCUACGAAAAUGGAUCAGAUUCAGCCCAGAAUUGCUGUCCAUUGAAAUGGGAAUAUUUUCAAUCAAGCUGCUAUUUCUUUUCUACUAAUACCUUGACCUGGGCGGCAAGUUUAAAAAACUGUUCAGACAUGGGCGCCCACCUGGUGGUUAUCAACAGUGUGGAAGAGCAAGAGUUUCUUUUCCACAAGAAACCUCCAACGAGAGAGUUUUAUAUUGGGUUGACAGACCAGGCUGUGGAGGGACAGUGGACAUGGAUAGAUGGCACACCUUUCACCCAGUCUCUAAGCUUCUGGGACGUCGGGGAACCCAACAACCUGGCGACGGUCGAGGACUGCGUCACCAUAAGGGACUCCUCAAAUCCAAGGGAGAAUUGGAAUGAUAUGACCUGUUUCUUCAAAAUGUUUCGAAUUUGUGAAAUGCCAGAAACAAAAUUUUUGAACACUAUUCAAGAACAUGUAAGGCAUGCGACACACUUAGAACCAGGUCCAACCAACGCAGAAGCCAUCCAGAACUUAAUCACGGCACACUGA